UACUAAAAACAACACGCAGGCCAACAUUUCAAUCCUCAAUAAUUUCCGGCUUUCGUUCGCGAAUUAACAAACAAAGCACCGGAUAUGGUAGUGUUAUAGCAAAAAAUGGGACUGGAGGCCCUGAACAAGCUCGCCUCAGCUGGUGAGGCUGUUUAUCAGAACCUCUCUAAAAAAUGGUGAUUUCCGAAAAGCUCCACUGGUGGGAUAAGUUACUGAUUGUUAAAAGGGAUGAGAGAAAGCGACGACAGGCGGAAGAGGCAUGGCUUGCGAAACACGCUGAAGAAAUCCGUCAGCGAAAUGAAUUUCUUUCUCUCGUCACGAGUAAAGUCACAGGCGAUUCAGCGCUCGAAAUGGCACCUCUCCGCUGCAACCCGCGCGAAACUCAAAGAGCAGUAUUCCUCGUCACAACGCCCAUCUCCUUUGGCGUACUUGAAGUCUCACAGUCAAGCUAUAAACUAUUAGCGAGACAUGUCGGCAUGAGUCUGAAUAGCGUGAGUCAUUGGGCAGUCUGCGUUAUUGAUAGAGGGCUGGGGAAGUGCUAUUGCUAUGAUUUAAUGAGCGAUCGGCUGGAGUUGACGAUGUUGGGGAAGAAUUACUUCAGAGUUGCUGUUAUUACGGAGGAGUUUGUUGAGACGUGGAGUUCCUGUUAUUAUAUUGGCGAGACGACCAAGUCGCAUGAGGAGAUUCAAGCGAUAGGACAGCAUCAUAUCGGAUUGAAUCCUCGGUAUAAACUACUGUCGAAUAAUUGUCAGCAUCUGGUUGACAGUCUUGUCAAGGAACUUUGCAAUGGCAAAGUCAUCAGCCAGGCAAAGCUGGACGAAGAGUUGUCGCUUGCGUCACCAAAGAUUGCACGCGACUUACUUGUUGGGAGGAUAAGGUCGAAAAUGGAUGUCGGUGGGGAGACCGAAGACAGUCCCUCGAUCAAGGAGCAUUUGGAGGCGAUCAAAAGUCACUGGAGCGACAGAAAAUAAUUCAUCAUGAUACCCAGGGUAGGUUGUUGAAUGAUAAGGCAUUAAUGUCUUGAUACCCGCGCUUCGGAAUUAAUUAGUUGUAGAGAAGACUUCAAAGGGAAUAAGAAGUAAUUUAUCAUAUUAAUUAGGAUAAGAGACUAAGACCUGAGUUUUCCGAUAA